AUGGCCGCGCCGGCGCUAGCUGUAGGAUACAGCUCAGCCGGAGCCGAUCCAGUACUAGUAUAUAAAAAUGCGUGCGCCGCGCCGUGCGGAUCGAACGCGUCGUCGACGACGCCCCGGCGGCAGUGGUCAGGCACUCAGGUGAUCGACCGGAUGUUGGUCCCGGUGCUGCGGCCGAGCGCGGCGGCCGUCGUCGCCGUGGUUGCAGUUAGCGUGAGCGUCGUCGUCUUCGCGUCGCUGGCAUCAGCGGUGCCGCUGAGCGGCGGCGCCAUGGGCACCCCCGUGGUGUUGGCGCCGCCGAUGACGAUGGUGAUGGAGGCGGCGGCAGCCCGUAGCAGCACGAGCAGGGUGGAGGAUCAGGCGGCGGCCCAGAUGAGCUCAGAGGCGCACCGGAGGGUGGUGCUGGCGGCGCUGCAUGGCGCGGCGUCGUUGCCCUAUGGCAGCGUGCUCAACGCAGGCAGAGCCGCGUGCGAUCCCCACUGCCCUGGCAAAUCCGGUUACCCGUACAAUCGUCGCUGUGAAAAAAUAUAUCACUGCUCCCAGUGAUAGAUUAAUUAUGUGCAUAUCGUAUUGUGCCCAGAGAAAUAAUUCACGUACCUACUACAAACUAAUCAGACAAGUGCUUGUCCGAAAAGAUAUGACUGAAAGUAUCGUUCGCUGAUUUAUUGUGAGAGAAAAAAUACUAUUGAUUGAUAGAAAAAAUAUAGCUUAUAAAGAUAAGUGAACGAUUUUAUAGUAUUUCGUGCAUAGUGAUGAUGUGAUGAUUAAUACUCCCGUUUACACGCGUAGUAAAAGCAGUGACUCCUAUUUAUAUAUCUUUGUUCUUGUGUGACUGAGACUUGUGUCUUUCGUUCUGUUAUCGCAAACUGGAAUAAAAAAGCAGAGUUAAUCUCGUAUAGAGAAAAGCCUGUCUUUUUGUUAAACACAGGGAGCCUGGUUGUGUCUCUAUCUAUCGACUUUAUUUAUGCGAAUAAAAAAUAAUAGUCGUCUGUGAGUAUGCACAUGUCCAUCUGUUCGUCGGCAACCGGCCACCUCGGAGGCGCUCACUAUCUCAUCGUCGGCAACCGCAUGAUGCCGCUGUGUUCGCUGUCAAAUCUAACAAUCCAUUCAAUAAUAUUUUUUUAUACAACAAACAGUAUUUUUUUCAGUCAUGGUUUAUCAUUAUCUGCCAGACGAGCGACAAUCGACGCUCUGUUGGAGGCGUUCGGACGCUGCGGCAACGCGGUCGGCGCGAGGGUGCUUUAGGACGGCGAGAGCGAGACCGGCCGCUCCCGGGCUAUGGCUUCGUCUAGCGCGGGUUCAGGCCUCGACACGGUGGUCACGGGUGGCUCCUGCUGACAAAGCAUCCCGAGCUUGUUCAAUCACAUACAGUAGCAUCUUCAGAUAUAGGACAGGUUAAUUAAUGACUGAAAACAGCCUAGUAUUUAGGUCAUAAGCAGUAGUUGCUGUUCAAAUACAUUGCUCCUACGUCUGACAGACCCCAAGUUACCACAGUUCAUGUGUUUCCCAUGUAACCUGAAGCCAAGCCACAGAAGUCAAACUUGAUCAAUGCAUCGGAUCCUUUAAUACAACUGAAAAUAAUAUUCGAGACUUA